CGUGAGUUCAUCAUGGCUUGUAUGUGAGCUGUCCUUAGCACCGUGAUCAGUAGGGGCUCUUGGCAACUGACAGAUAAGAAGAAGCAGAGGCAUUGACAAGAAUGAUCUCUGCAAAAAGUGUGACAUUCAAGACCAGAGGCAGGGCACUCACAAAUAACACCAACAUCGUUAGCACCGAGUGAAUUGUGAACUCAAAUUUAAAAGUUCAGGGCACUUUUUAGGUGCAUGUCAGACGACCGCAGGAGCCUACAGAUCAGCAAAAGCAAGAUGGCGACGGUGGUAAGCUGUGCAUGAGUGUUGUGCUCAUGAAGUGAAACAGUUGAGUGUGUUACAAGUGAAUAUCAAUUGUAAAAUAUAGAACAUGUUGUGGCUAAAGUGCUCCAUCAAGGACACAGAAGAUGACUUCAAAGGAUAAAGUUUCGCUUGACUUGGAUGGCAGUGAGACAGAACGCAAUGUUGGUGCAAGCGGUGGUAACGGCGCGAGUGGUAGCGGAUUAGUGCAGGGUGGUGGUGGUCAACUCGGCAACAACUUCAUCAGCAACUCCGGUAAUUGCAAUAACAACAACAACAAUGCCUCCUCGAGCGCCACUAGCAGUGGCGCUUGCUCCUCGAGUAACGCAGCCGGCAACUCCGGGGGGAACUGCAAUAAAAAUGUUAGUGGGGUCGCGGCGAGCUCCAAGGCCCUGUUCUUAGAGAAGGUACACGAGAGCACCGCGGCGUGCCAGGCUGGAGACUUCGACACCGCCGUGGCACUCUAUACAGAGGCCAUCGCACUGGACCCUCAGAACCACAUUCUUUACAGCAACAGAUCUGCAGCGCAUAUCAAACUCCAGCAGUUCCAGAAGGCUCUUCAAGACGCCACUAAAGCCAGGGAUCUCAACCCAAAGUGGCCCAAGGCGUACUACAGACAAGGUGUGGCUCUGCAGCACAUGGGCAGACAUGCAGACUCGCUGGCCGCUUUCAGUAGUAGCCUCGCUCAGGACCCCAAAAGUUUGCAGCUUCUGGCAGGACUCGUUGAAGCCGCCAUGAAAAGUCCUCUAAGGACGACUCUAGAGCCAACGUACCGCCAACUGCAGACUAUGCGGCUGGACAAAAGCCCCUUCGUGAUCAUCUCAGUGAUCGGCCAGGAGCUGCUGGCUGCAGGUCACUACAGCGCGGCCGUGGUGGUGCUCGAGGCAGCCCUCAAAAUCGGCACCUGUUCCCUCAAACUCAGAGGGUCCGUGUUCUCUGCCCUCUCCUCCGCUUACUGGGCACUCAACUCCCUCGAUAAAGCGGUAUCAUAUAUGCAACAAGAUCUGUCAGUUGCGAAGUCUCUGGGCGACAUAGCGGGCGAGUGUCGCGCUCAUGGUAAUCUGGGCAGCGCAUACUUCAGUAAAGGCAACUUCAAGGAGGCGCUCACCUCGCACCGAUACCAGCUCGUGCUCGCCAUGAAGUGUAAAGACACACAAGCUGCUGCCUCCGCCCUCACCAGUCUCGGUCACGUUUACACGGCCAUUGGUGAUUUUCCGAACGCGCUGGCGUCUCAUAAGCAGUGCGUGCAGCUCGUGAAACAGAUGGGCGACAAACUGCAAGAGGCCAGAGAAAUCGGGAACGUGGGCGCCGUGUACCUCGCUAUGGGAGACUUCGACAGCGCCGUGGACUGUCAUAUGGAACACUUACGGAUAGCAAAGCAGCUCUCCAAUAAGGUAGAGGAGGCGAGAGCAUACAGCAAUUUGGGAUCGAGUCAUCACUAUAAACGUAACUUCGACCAAGCCAUCGCAUUCCACAACCACGUGCUGAGGAUCGCUCAGGAACUUGGGGACCGAACAAUCGAGGCCCGGGCCUAUGCCGGUCUAGGCCAUGCUGCCCGAUGUCUGGGCGAUUAUACACAAGCACAGAAGUGGCACGAGAAGCAACUCGACAUGGCGUUAACCACCAAAGACAAAGUAGCUGAAGGACGUGCAUGUUCUAAUUUAGGAAUUGUAUAUCAACUCAUGGGAAACCAUGACGCCGCUCUAAAGUUACAUCAAGCUCACCUAAGCAUAGCGAGGCUGCAGCAAGACAGAGCAGGAAUGGGGCGCGCAUACGGCAAUAUUGGCAACGCAUAUUCCGCCAUGGGUUACUACGAACAGGCCAUCAAGUACCACAAGCAAGAGCUAACCAUCAGCAAGGAAGUUAACGAUCGCAUGAGUGAAGCUUCUACUCACGGGAAUCUUGCGGUCGCGUAUCAGGCAUUAGGUAUGCACGAGAUGGCGUUGUUGCACUAUCAUUCUCAUCUCAACAUCGCCAGGGAGCUCAAAGACACAGCUGGAGAGGCUUGUGCUCUCCUCAACCUUGGUAACUGUCACUCGUCGCGAGGAGAGUUUGCCCAGGCCGUACAAUACUACGAACAAUAUCUCAUGUUAUCGCAAGAGUUGCACGAUACGGAAGGAGAAGCUAAGGCCUGCCACUUUCUUGGUUAUGCUCAUUAUUGCUUGGGCAAUUUUAAGGAGGCUAUUCGUUACUACGACCAAGAUUUGGCACUUGCAAAGGAUUUACAGGACCGGAAAUCCAUGGGUCGCGCGUACUGCAACCUUGGCCUCGCUCAUCUGGCGCUCGGCAACUCUGAAACAGCGCUCGAAUGCCAGAAGUAUUUCUUGGCUUUAGCGCACAUGAUGAAGUACCUACAAGGUAAAUUUCGCGCUCUCGGCAACAUCGGCGAUGUGCUGAUGAAGAUGCGCAGCUACGAAGAGGCAGUCAAAGUCUACCAGAAGCAGCUCGUGCUAGCCAAGCAGUCGAGAGACAAGGUCCUGGAGGCCUCAGCCUACGGCGCCCUGGGUCUCGCUCACCGCCUCCUCAAAUGCUUCGACAAAGCACUCGGUUAUCACACUCAGGAGUUAACAAUCCGUCAAGAGAUGGGAGACAUCAAAGGUGAAUGUAAAGCUCACGGCCACCUGGGCGCUGUGCACAUGUCCCUGGCCAACUACACCAACGCCAUGAAGUGCUAUGAGGAGCAGCUCGAGAGGGCCAAGGAACUCAAGGACGCCGCGAUGGAAGCCCAGGCGUUUGGGAACCUGGGCAUCGCGCGUCUCAACAUGGGGCACUACGAAGACGCCAUCGGCUACCUGGAGCAGCAGCUGGCGACGCUCGAGCAGCUCUCCAGUGCCACGGCCAUCAUCGAUAAAGGCAGAGCACUGGGCAACCUCGGCGACUGUUAUGACGCUCUCGGCGACUAUGAUGAAGCCAUCAAAUGUCACGAGCAGAGUUUAACUAUUGGCCUAAAGACGAAGAGUUCAAGAGACCAGGAGCGCGCUUACCGUGGCCUGGGCAACUCUCACCGCUGCGUGGGCAACCUGCAGCAGUCGUUAGUGUGCUACGAGAAGCGUCUUGUUGUAUCACAUGAACUUAACACCGCCACCGCUAAGGCCUCGGCUUACGGAGAACUCGGCAAUAUUCACUCACUUUUGGGCAACUACGAACAAGCCAUCUCGUGCAUGGACCACCAGCUUAAGAUAGCUAGGGAGUUGUUAGACAAACAAGCAGAAGCGGAGGCAGCGUGCGGGCUCGGCUCGGUCUACCAGCAGAUGGGCGAAUAUUCGUCAGCGCUUCAGUACCAUCAGCUCGACCUCAGCAUUGCCGAAGAAAUAAUGAAUCCUGCAGUGCAAGGCCGAGCUCACGGAAACAUCAGCCUGGCGUUUGAGUCUUUAGGAAAUUUCGAAGAAGCAGUACGACAUGGCGAGCAGCAUCUCAGUAUUGCUGCUCAAAUGAACGAUAAGGUUGGCAAAACUCUCGCCUACUCAUCGUUGGGACGCGUGCACCACGCGCUGGGGAACACGACCCAAGCCGUGGCUUAUUUACAGCAAGGCUUGCAGAUCGCCGAGCAGCUGGGACGUCGUGAGGACGAAGCAAAGGUUCGGCACAGACUUGGCAUGGCUCUUUGGAGUCACGGAGAUCUGGAGGCAGCGCAAACACAACUGGAACGAGCGGCCUCUCUACUCGAAACCAUUAGAAGAGAAGCGAGAGGUUCUCAGGAAUAUCGUCUGUCGCUAUUCGACCUCCAGACGGCAUCUUACCAAGCCCUGCAGAGAGUUUUGGUGGGCCUCGCCCGUCACUACGAUGCACUUCUCGUUGCUGAGCGUGGCAGGACGCGUGCUUUUGUUGACUUGUUGCUUGAAAGACAGGGAACUACAUCUUCUUCCAGAGCCAACCGAAUAGAGGAUUCUACUCCUUCUUCUGUAGACCAGAUUGUCGACGUAGUUAACAAGCAGAAAGCAACAGUUUUGUACUAUAGCAUAGCUGCAGGGUACCUCUACAGCUGGCUCAUUGUUCCUAAUAAAGGCAUCGUCAAGUUCCACGAGGUGAACGUCUCAGAGCUUGACGCCGAACGCGAGAGUGACUGCGGAGGAGCAGGAGGAGGCGAAGCAGCGGCCGCGUCAGGCUCGCUGCUCGAGCACUACAUCCAGUCUGUGCGGGACGCCCUGGGCGUCGAGUACGGCACUGGCGCCGGUGGUCGCGCCGGCGUCGGAGGCGGCGGUGCCAGUGAAACAGAGAGUGAAGCUGGAGAAAUGUGGAAUGCUCAUUUGGAAGAACUAGGGGAUAAGUUGAACCAUGAGGCUGACAGAACUGGCUUCCUGAGGAUGGUUAACCGAAAUCACCUGUUUAAUUCAUCGAAUUAUUCUCUUUCUUCUUUGUUUUCUCUGGGGAGUGUAAGCGGGUCCAUCGCAUCGGGAACGGCUUCGCGACCGGGAUCGACGCGGUCCCGGCGUGUCAUGUGGCAGGGGCCGUCGUGUCUGAGGUCGCUGUAUGAGCUGCUUAUCGCGCCUAUGGAGGAAUACUUACCUAAUCCGAGCGUGUCGCGGGAGCUUUUGCUUGUUCUUGAAGGAGAUUUGUACCUGGUGCCUUUCCCGGUUUUGAAAGGUGCUCAAAGCAAUGAUUAUCUCUGUGAAAAGUAUUCCCUGUUAGUCGUGCCGUCAAUCAGCACUUUGAAGGUGUCUCAGCGAGCCAAGAACAACAAGCCUAACGGAGAGCAAACGAACGCUCUGGUGAUCGGUAACCCUAAACUGCCAAGCGCAGUCACUGAACAGUGGGGCUGGGGUGAUAUCCCCUAUGCAGAGCAAGAAUCCUCAAUUGUCGCAGAAAUGCUGCAAACCAAAGCCCUCAAUGGCGUUAAUGCUAGCAAAGAUAGCAUACUGCGUCUCAUAUCACAAAUGGAGUGCAUUCAUUUGGCCACGCACGUCUCGUGGAAACUUUCUGCCAUUAUUUUAUCGCCGGGAGAAUUCGUGGAAUCGCGGGCAUCUAAGCGAUUAUCGCACUCUUCUCAGCCUGAAGCCAUACACGAACACAUCGACGAUGAGGGCUCCGAGAUCGCCUCCACGAUCGACUUACCGGCGCUGUCUGAAUUCCUGCUGACGGCUGCAGAUAUCCUGAACUUGAAGCUGCGCGCAAAGCUAGUGGUGGUGUCGUCGUGUCACACGAGAGAUCAUCACGGCAGGGCCAACAGCGACGGAGUUGUGGGCCUGACGAGGGCGCUACUGGCGGCAGGGGCUCAGUGUGUCCUGGUGUCUCUUUGGCCCGUCCCUGACACGGCUGUCAAGAUCCUAUUUAGAACCUUUUAUUCCUCCCUGCUGCAGGGUGCCCGCGUGAGUCGUGCUCUGUCAGAGGCCCAGCAAACCGUGCAGACCACCAAACAUUUCGCUCACCCCGCCAACUGGGCAGGCUUCCUGCUCGUAGGGGCAGAUGUCAAGCUCUCCAAUAAGGUUGCCCUGAUGGGUCAGGCUCUGAGCGAGCUUCUGCGCACGCCCGACAAGUGCAGGGACGCGCUGCGAGUAACUCUUCAUCUCGUUGAGAAAUCGUUGCAGCGGAUACAUCGCGGCCAUCGCAACGCCAUGUACACGACGCAGCGUUCCAUCGAGAACAAAGUGGGUGCAGUGAGUGGCUGGAAAGAUCUGCUCAUGAGUGUCGGCUUCCGAUUUGAACCUGCAGCGAACGGCAUCCCCAGCAGCGUGUUUUUCCCUCAAAGCGACCCUGGCGAGCGACUGACGCAGUGCUCUGCAAGUCUCCAAGCUCUUCUUGGCUUAUCUUCGACGUCGCUGCUAGCGGUGUCUAAGCUGAUGGUGUCGCCGGACUGCGCCGAGGAGGUGGUGUCGGUGAUGCGGUCCAUCAUGGAGCAGUUCACUGCCAAGGAGCUGGAGGCGGAACCCAUCGAGGUGUCCGUGCCUGUCAAACUGUGGCGUGUCAACGGCUGUCAUGAACUCCUCGCCUCCCUUGGUCUUGAUCUGGUUGACGUUGGCCGCGAAGAAGUUACGCUCAGGACGAGCAAGCUCUCCAACAAGCGGAACAUACAGUUUGCUCACCAGGUUAUGUUGGCUUUAUUCGAUACUCAAGAUACUCCAAAGAGCUUAUCCAUGGAAGUCAACAACAGUUUCGAGUCGAUCACGUCCUCUGAGGAUGAGGAUGAAGACGCAUCUUCGACUGCACCUCCACCGCCAACAGCUCCCAUGUAUCCUCCGAGGUCCGCUCCUCUUCUUCUCGGUCGCGGCGCAUUUUCUUCGUAUGUUCGCAAUAGAGGAGAGCCCGACGGUGCUCGAGCAUCGACCACCGAGCAGAAGGGCCGUGAAAGCGAUGCCGCUUUCACGCCGUCACCAGUUGACCCAGCGACCAGGUACGCGAGGACGUUCAAGUCAUCACAAGGAGGUCCACCAAGCGAUCAAAGCUCUCCUCAGCCCUCACCUAGAAUAUCACUUACCCUGGCGCAUCAAAAUAAGAUUAGAUCUUUGUAUACUUCGACCUCCCCUGCAAGCGAUGGUGGAGCAAAAAGGCCAGACAGCUCGAGCAGCACCAGCAGCAUGACUGACUGGGAGAGUGGUCAGUCCACUGUGCGACGUCAACCGAUGCCGAAACCCGUUCCUGCAGCCAAGCCACCUACCAUUAGCACGAGCCAUCGGGUCAGUGACGUUAGUGCUGGCUUCAGUCGGCCGUCGAGAAUUGCUAUUAACAAAAGCAACUCACAAGCUUCAUCCGGAUUCGAGUCUCAAAGUUCUGAUUCAGAUUUUGGUCCGAAACGAGCCGGAACUGUUAGGAGCGUUUAUACCACAGUCGGAAACGCAGCUACACUGAAAUUAUCCAAGGGAUCAAAUAUGAAUACAUUGGAUCGCUUGAGUGUCCGCACUGAAUUAGGUAAGAAACCAUCUCAAAGCUGCAGGAGAAGAGACAUCAGUGGAGAUAGAGAAUUAAGUUUGAAUGAAAAAGAUUGCCCUCCUUCAACAUCGACAUCAAAUCCUGUGCCGCCUACAAUUCCAACUGAACCUAGACAACCUCCUCCGAGGAAAACGCCAGAAAUUCAAUUAGACUCAAACAUUGGGAAGCUUUUGCGGCCAAGAACAAACCGUGCUGCGACCAUUCAUGAAAAUGAUCCCAUGUACAACUACCGAUCUAAUGAGGACAUGUCCAUUAAAAUCGGUCACAUGGGUCACAAGAGUAUCCAAGACCACAUUAUAGCCACUCAAAUGUCCAGACUUAAUAGAGAAAUGCCAAUUAGUGACGUAUAUCACGAGAGAAAUUUAGGUCUCGGCCUAGCCCCUCCUCUGUCAAAACUCCUUAUGUCGGUCACGCAGCCAAUUGCGCCGUCUGAUAACGGCGAUACUGAGAGCAAAUCUGCUUCUGAAGACAGUUUUGGCAAUUUUGAUAAACUAUCUUUAGCUGAAGACAAUCAGUUAGCUCUCCCUCCGAAACCAGAUUUCAAGCCAAAACCACCUCCUAUCCCACCGAAGAGGUUUGGUCCUAAACCCUGGGUAUCCGCCCACCCCCAUGUUAAUAACAUGGCCAUCAGCCUCGAGGGCAACCCUAAUCAUGCGCACACCCUAAGCGACCUGUCACGUCGCGAUGACGGCGAUGGACGUUCCAUGACAGAUUCGCACUACUCAGGAUAUUCUCCGUCAAGGAACGGCAUUGUAAAAGUUCCAGAACCUCCUGGCCAGGGAAGACUAUUUUUUGAGCUUACUAAUGGGAAGGCUGAAAGAGAAGGAGUUAUAGGGGUGCGAGCGGACGACAAAAUGGGCCCCACAGUGGCUGGUUUACACACAUACGCUGCUUUCAACCCGGCAUAUGAACACGACGAAACCAUCACGGUAGGCUCUAUUGGAACGAGAGUUGGAAACACACAAAUAGCAGAAUACAUGGAACAAGUUCUUGGUGAAGAUUCAGACACCGACCACACGGACAGCAAUGAUGCGAAAACCAAGACUUGCAAGCGAGCACCCAAGCACAACUCACACUGGCAAAAGCCCAUCCAGCACAAACAGAACAACCAACCUUCGUCCUCAUGUUGAAAUUAUCUGCUCCGUAUUUACGCUCCCAAAUGGCGGGUAGAGCGAACUCAUGCAUUUAAUAUUAAUUUAGUGAUAUUCUAAUUUGAAGUCAAUUUUAUACCUGUUAUCUCAACUUGAUAUGAUCUUACGCUUCCAUUUGAGCUCACUCGCUUAUAUGUAAACAUUUUUAGUUGUUUAAGUAAUGUAUUAUUGAAAAUGGUGAGCAAUAUUGAGAUUAGUUAUUCGCUAAUGAAUGGUGAACAGCAAACUCGAGAACUUUGUGUUAGACAUCGUUUCAUGUGAUUGAGUGAGACGAAUUUCAACAUAAAUGUACAUAAUACUCGUCAAUUGUUAUUAGGUAACGUGUAUCAUUGAAGCUUGUAUAUUAUGUCUCAUUGCAUUCAUCAUCUAGACAAAUAAAGCGUGGGAAAUUCA